UGCAGCCACUUUAAACUACAACCAUGUGGAGGUGCAUUUGUGGGACUGAAGAGUCCCAUGCAUCAUCGGAGGCACUGAGCUGCAGGUCUACCACAGGUAGGUAUUUGGCGGCUGGUUUAUCUGAGCAGCUGGCUCAGUAUGAACAGCUGGUAAUGCAGCUCAUUGAUCAACAUCUGGACAAAAAGACCCAGCUGCAAGUGAGAGGUGAACACCUUAAGUUACUGGAAGACCUCAAGGGAAAACUCCGUGAAAACGAAGAAGCAUUAUCGGAAAAGACGCAACUUGUCGAUGUGUUGCAGGAAGAGCUUCAUAGAAAUAAUCGGGAUCUAGCGUUGCUGGAAGACUUUAAUGAAAAACUCGGGGAAAUCGAAGAGGAACUGCGAAAAACAACACAACAAUUGGAAAUACUGCAGACAAAUCUGGAAUGGAACAAUUGUGCGAUAGUGGAGUUAGUGGAACAUAUAAGAAUACUUGAAGAAACGAAUCAGGACCUGGACAACAAGUAUUACGCUGCAGAUUACGACAGCUAUAUCGAGAUCUGUGGUUUGAAGGCGACCCAUGAAAUUGAAUUAGCACAUCUCAAAGAACAAGUGAUGUUUCUGAUGGAAGAGGCAGAAAGGUCAGAGGACAGAUUUAUGUCAAAGGAAGCUACAUACCUGUUGAUAAUUGAACAGAUGCAAGAGGAGCUGGACAAUGUACAGGAAAAGGAAGAACUGAAAAUCCUUCCAGAAGAAACACAGCAGGAGCGCAGAGAACAAGAUCCGUCCUCCUGCAAGAAUGAAUUGGCUGAGCUAAGACAUGUCAGACCAGCGCCCAGGAAGCAAACCAUUGACAAUGAAACACACAAGGAAUAUGAGGAGGCUUUUGAGAAUGACUCAAUUGAAAAGGUGGUGGUGGCACGGAAGGCGAAGAAGCGAGUGAGGAGUUUCAAACGUUUAUUCGCCUCUCGAAAAUGGCCGUUGGCCAGGAGCUGGUGGGCGACAGAGUUGGCCGUGACAGGGCAAUGCUUUGGGCGAUUGAAGGUCUUCCAAGCCACCCUACUGGAGUGUGUGAAGUUGAUUCCUUGGACUGUCUCUUCCCACCACUCUGCGCUUCUUGUCAAGGUGGAUUGUUAG